GUCAGUCUUCAGUCUCACCGGGAAUACUACGCGGCCCAUCAUGAAUAUUGCUAUAUUUGUAACCCUACUCCUCGUAGUUGCAUCAAACGCAACACUUCAACAUAUAUCGGAUAAAGUGGCAACACAUUUAAAGUCAUUAACAGAAAAAGCUGCAACCACAAUACACAAGCUUGCAUCAGACAUCGAUCCCAAAAAACUGGAACAUUUGGAUUUCUUACAUCUGCUUACAAAGAAACUUGCGAAGAAACCACAUCCUGAACUAGUGAUUAUCGAUCCUUACCAAGUUGAUAGAUUGAAAUAUUAUUUUGAACAUAAGAAACCAGUACCACAUAUAACUCCGAUACCGCCUAUCAAAUAUCCUCCACCUCUACCACAUAAACAAUACGGAUUACCGCAUUAAUACAUGUAAAUAUCAGUUCUAGCAAUUCUUUAAACAUAUGUAAUAAAAUAUAGUAUUAUUUAA